UUCCAUUAGCUACAAAUGACACAUAUGGCACUGUGACGCUUUUUUUGACAAUUGUAUUUGUUGUUAUUGCAUACAUCCUAUUGCUAAACAACUUAAUCGCUCUUUUCAAGUAAAGAAAACAUAGAACGUAAAAAUUAGUUUAUGACAUCAUUGUUGUUUUUAGUACAACAAUAGAACGAGUGAAAAAUAGUUCCCGUGAACAAUGGUGCUAUCAUCGAUAUUUAUUAAUUGAAGAAUACACUGGUAAACACAUAUUACCACUACCAUUCAAUCUACUACUUUGGCCAUUUGAACGCUAUGGGCGAAAACUAUAUCAUCACACACAUCCUCAAGAAGCAGUAUCUAAUAUUACGAAAGACAACUGGCAACGUGAAUGUCGUGUGGCUGAAGAAUAUUGGCAACAGAAAGUGACAAAAAUAAUGCAAAAGCUUGAUAACGAUUAUCAAUCAACAAUUGCAAUCCGAUGUCGACAAUGUGCAAGAGAAAUUGCUGAAACAGACAUUAAUUUUAAUCAAUAG